AUGAUUGUAAGGUUGGUGGUUUGUCAGCAAGUUACAAUUUCAUUUGUUCCCUGGCGUGUUUCUGGUGAUUUUGUGUUGGCUAUUUGUGUGGGCAACGUAUUGGCUGAGUUUCAUUUUCGUGUUUGGCUAUUCUUUACAGAAGGUUCAUUCAGAAUUUGA